AUGGGAGAGGUAAAUAAUAGCGAAAUAGAGGUUAACAAGACAUCCACAUUUGAUGAAAAGAAGUUAGGAUAAAACAUCUCUUCUAACGUUUCUAGUGAUCUUGGCAUCUUAACCAUUUUUGACUCUAAUGAGAUUCCCAAGAAUAGCGAUGGCACUAUUAGCGAAUAAACUCUCUUGGAAAGAACCAGAUUGAACAUCUCCAGAAUUUUCAAUAAGAUGCUUUCCAUGAAGACUCUCUAAAACGCUGAGAGAGAUGCUAAGGAUGAAGAAUUAUAGAUUCACGAUUUCUCCAAAGGCGCUUACGAAUUGAAGUUGCCUAACAAAGUUUCUGUUUUUCCAAGAUAAAAACCUAUUCCUAAAGAAAAGCCAUUAACAAGAUGGUAAAAAUUCGCAAAGGAAAAGGGUAUUGAAAAGAAGAAAAGAGGCAGAAUGGUUUAUGAUGAAAACGUUUAAGAUUAUGUACCAAGAUGGGGUGCUUACAGCGUUAAAAAGAAUGAAGAUAAAUUCACACCUGUUAUUGAACAUAAGGCCGGUACUGAUCCUUAUGAAGAUCCUUUCUUGAGAAAAUCUCUUGAGAAAAGAUUGGCAAAAGAAAAGCAAAAAAUGAAUGAAAUUAGAAAUAAACUUGAAUCUAAGGGCUAUGAUGUAAAUAAAGUAAUGAAAAGUUCAGAUAAAGAAGAUAAGAAAGCAGCUUCAAAGAAGAGACUGAAAGGUGAUAAGAAGCUCCUCUAAAAGUAAUUAUAGGUAGCUCAAAAUUCAACUAGAUCUAUGGGUACAUAUGAUAAAAAGGCCCAUAAAGAUGAGGUUAAGAUGAAACCUAAAGUCAGAAGAUAAAAUGUAGAAUUUAAUGAUAGAAAGGAAGAAAAGAGAAGAGAUCUUGACAUCCUUGACUUCAUAUAAAAGGGAGAAGGCUCAAAGAAGCUUAAGAAGAACUGA